AAAUUGUUCAAACAAAGUUCAAUGGCAGAACAGAACAGAAGGCGAUUUUGAAGCCCUAAUAAAUACGCCCAUUUCCUCCCCCAUGUCCAUAAGCCAGAACCACCUCCUCCGCCUGGUUCUUUCAUGCCGGAAAAUCACUGCCCAGGUCACAAAUCCAGCCACCUCCUCCAUCGUGGCCAUGGCAUCUUCCUCCGAGCAGGAAUUCGUCGCCUAUUACCGCUCUAAACUCCACCGUUUUCCUCGAUCCAACAACUUCUGGGACUCCAAAGUCGCCUCUCGCGUCGGCGAAAAGCUUGGCCACCGUUUGAAGGAGAUCGGUGUUUCCGAUGUUCGGAUUGAUCUCGCCGAAGAGUUCUCCCGCCCUCUGUACUAUCGGAAGAUGGUUCUGCCGCUUUUCGAUUCUGUUCAGCGCUCCGGCGUCGCCGUUGAUGGCGCUGAGAAGCUUGGAACAGUUUUGGGUUGUCGGAGAAUGGAGGCAUCUGCACAAUAUACUAUUCCAUUUGAUCUACGUAUUAUUCCCUACAAUGAACAGGCUGGUUUUCUUGGGAUUGCAGAGAUUGGAUUUAACCAACUUGAUUGACACCUCACUACUGUGCAGACGAGAAACCUACACAUUUCAUCUGUCUUGUGGGGAAUAUACAAUUACGUUGCAGAAUGGUAAGAGAUUUAAAAUCAAACAUUUCCCAAAUAUAUGUUAUGAAUAUGGUUUAAUAUCAAUUUUUCACCGUACAGAAUAAUUUUAUCAAAGAAGUACAACAAUAUUUAGUACAACACAAUUUACUAGAGUUGGGUUCAAACAUUGGUCAACAUAGAAAAUAUUAUUCAACAAACAAGACGACUCAAUAUUGGUGACACUGAUCAAAGACAUAUUUUAGUGAAGUCACAAUUUUUUUAAUAUGAGUGCAAAAUAAUUAAGUUUUUAUUGCAGAUUAAAUAUAUAAUUAAGUUUAGUAAGGAAGGAAUUUGUUAGUUAAAAAUUAGAAAAAAUAGCUAAAUUGAUUAAAAAAAGAAAAAGAAAUCGUGGAUCGAGUCUACGAUUAUGGAAAUCAUGUACCCAGUCCACGAGUACGUCCUUGACCAGUCCACCAACUGGAUUAAAAGUCUAAUCGUGUACGGGGUACACGAUUUUCUUUCCCCAAAAAAUAACCAUAUUUUUGUCAAUACUUUCCAAUUUCAUCUAUUUUUAAAAUUUCUUUCCCAUCUAUCCCAUUUUUGUCAUUAAUUUAAAAGUGCACUAUUCUUGAACUUAGUCCCAAAUUCAUAUAUUAGAAAAAAAAAUAAAGAAAAAACUUUACCUGAGGCAAACGACAAUAAAGAUUGGAGACGACGGGUUGUAGAUCGGUUCACGAUGACAAUAGUAACAAGAUCAGAAACGGCGGACGACGGCGGAGUUGGCGAUCGACGCUAGUGAGGAGGAAGGAAGGGAGAAAGCUUUCGAAUGGAAGGAAGAGGAAGGGGCCACGAGGUGGUUCAAGGGACCACUAAGACUUAGGGUAAUAGUGGACCCCGCGAUUACCUGGUCAACACUGCAUGAUUGUCCAUGUGGUAGUCUGCUCGUGCCAGUUCAUAGGAAGUCAUAUAUUAAAUACACGAUUUAGAGGUAAUCGUGUAUCAAGAACACGAUUUAAACAUCUAUUUUUGUCAAUAAUUUCCACUCAAACCUAUUUUUGUUAAUAAUUAUUAAAAUAACAUUAUUUAAAGAAAAAUUUCCUGAAAAUAAGGUCACCAAUGAAGAAUAUGGAGAAAAUGCUCUUUGAAAUUUAACCUACCUUUUAAAAAUAAAUGGUUUUUGGCUUUGUCUGACAUCAUCCUCUCAUGAAAUUACCAAAAGCAUCCCAUUUUCCUUCUCUUCCCUUCGAUUUCAAUUCGUAGGCCAAAUUUUAUUCAAAUUCGAAAUAUGGGGUGAGAAUCCACCUCAAAUCAAGUGGCAGCUGAGAUAGCUCAUGUUGGCAGAAUAUAAACCAUUGAUCUCUCAUUUGUAGUUAUCGUGAGAAAUUUAGUGAUAAUGAAAUGGAAUAAAGAAUGGGAGCGUAAUUGUUAUGAUUGUAUGUACAAGUUUAA